GACGACUUAUAAUAAGUCGUCUGGAAGGUCGUCCAGCUGGACGACUUAGUUGACGACUUAUAAUUAAGUCGUCUAUUUAGUAUUUUGUUUCAAAUAUCUAACUCGAUUCUUCUUCUAUUUACUGCAGACCCGCGUGAUCAACUUUGUUGAGAAGGACAUUAGUGAAAUGUGGCCAAAAUGGGACUCUGAGGUUGAUGACGUGCCCGCGGAGAACAUCAUUAAAGUCAUGUAUGAUCGGAGACCGUGGAAGUGGACCAUGGAUUGCUGGGAAGUCACUGGUACAAAACCCAAGUUUGUGACUCCAUCGAAAAGAGCCAAAGAGAUGGUUGUGGAGGAGGUGGAGGAAGACAAUCAGAGACCUCGGAAGAAAGCUCGUAAAGAGGCUCCUAAAGAGGCUCCUAAAGAGGCUAGAGAAGAGGCUCCUACAGAGGCUACAGAAGAGGCUACAGAAGAGGCUAGAGAAGAGGCUAGUUGGGUGACCAGAGAGGAGUUAGAAAACAUGUUCAAGGACUUAAGAAGUGGCUUAGGUGACAUGAUGAAAGAUGGGUUUAAGAAGUGCAUCAGGGAGAUUAGGAAGAUCUCCGAUAGAUUGGAAGCUGUGGAGAAGAAGGUUGGUGUCACCAAUCAGGCUACCCCUCAAGCCCCAGAAACCGGGGUUAGUAAAAAACACCCUACCCCACAAGCCCCAGAAACCGGGGUUAGUAACAAACAGACUACUCCUCAAAAGGAUCAGCCUACACUUCAAACCAAUCAUCCUACUCCUCCCACCAGACAGCCUGCUCCUCAAAAGGCAAAGCCUACUCCUCAAAAGGCAAAGCCUACUCCUCAAACGAAACAGCCUGCUCCUCAAACUAAACAGCCUGCUCCUCAAACGAAACAGCCUGCUCCUCAAACUAAACAGCCUGCUCCUCAAACGAAACAGCCUGCUCCUCAAACGAAAAAGCCUUCUCCUCAAAAGAAACAGCCUUCUCCUCUGCCCAAAGAGAGAUUGUUGCCGGAGGAUACAGCAGAUGAGGCGAUCUCGGUAUAUAAGAUCUUGCCGGAGGAUAAAGCAGAUGGUGUCACCUCCAAAGAGAUUGUUCCUCUCACUUCCACUGACCAACCGAGCUUCGCUUCCAACGAUCAACAACCGAGCUUCGCUUCCACCGAUCCAAGCGUUCCAGCUUCAGAACCGAGCCUGGUUGUAUUGGACCAAACAGCUCCCACUGCUUCUGUGCGUGCAAGGAGUGAACGAACGAAGAAACCUGCUCCCACGCAGAUAUCUCCUUAUACGGCAGAGAGAAGGAAACUCCUUAGAGUGGGAAAGUAUAAUCCAUUUCCCACACUAAACAGACCUAAGAUGAAGGAGCUCGCUGAUUGGUUGAAAACUGAUCCUGAUUAUUUCACUAAGGAAGAGGACAAACCACGUACAUCACCAACUUGGUGGUAUCAAAAACUCCGGACAUCCAAAGCAUGGCUGGAAGACGUACAUAUAGAUGCUUGGAUGAAUGUGCUGAGGCAGAGGUAUAAGGAGAACCCACAUUGUUUCCGGAGCGAGCGAAUGUGCUUCCUGGAUCACAACUUUACCCAGUCUUGGAGAGAACAGUAUCUGGUCUUCAAAGCAUCGUCGUCUGAUCACAAUGGUUUAGGAAAAAUGCUACCUAGUGGGGCGGCGAGUUUGUAUGACGGAUCAAUGCCUUCAUUUUGCCAAUCAAACAAGAAGUGGGGGGAGGACAUUGAUGAUAUCUAUGCGCCACUGAACUUGGACAACAAACAUUGGGUGGCUAUUUGGAUAUCGAUCCCUAAGAGGCACAUAGUCGUCUGGGACAGCAUACCUUCAACUACCAUACCAGAAAGAUGGGAUGAGAUAAUGGAGCCUUUUCUCGAGAUGGUCCCUUAUCUGAUUGUGGAGUGCGGAGACCAGAUGCAUGGGUUGGAGCGAUACACAUAUGAGAGACUGCUCAAAGAUGUACCCACGGCCAACAAUGGUGAUUGUGGCGUGUACGCUGCAAAGUACAUUGAAUGUCAUGCUCUUGGGGUCCCCUUUAGCCCUAAAGACUUUGCUAGGUCCAAUGCGAAGACUAUGAGGGAUACUAUGGCUUUGGCUAUAUGGACGGAGCUUGUUGAUCAGCAUCUGAAAGAUAAUGAGGAUGGUGGUAUGUUUGUGGGCAUGUAUGAUUAGAUACACAAAUCAAUUUGUAUAGAUUUUUUAACU